AAUGCGAGUCGCGAUUGGCCGGCACCCGCCCCGCUUUCCAGCGCGCUGGGGAGCAGGAAGCGGCCGCGGCGGAGCGAGCACGGCGGGGCGAGCGGCUUCUCGAGACUAGUCCUUUUGCCAUGGAAGCCGAGGAAACGAUGGAAUGUAUCCAGGAAUUCCCUGAACACUAUAAAGUCAUUUUGGAUAGACUGAAUGAACAACGUGAGCAGGACCAGUUUACGGAUAUCACACUGAUUGUCGAUGGUCACCAUUUCAAAGCUCAUAAGGCUGUUCUUGCUGCCUGCAGCCAGUUCUUCUACAAAUUCUUCCAAGAUUUCACUCAGGAGCCCUUGGUGGAGAUUGAAGGUGUAAGUAACAUGGCAUUUCGUCACCUAAUUGAGUUCACCUAUACAGCAAAACUAAUGGUCCAAGGUGAGGAAGAAGCCAAUGAUGUUUGGAAAGCAGCUGAGUAUCUACAGAUGUUAGAAGCGAUCAAAGCACUUGAAAUCAGGAACAAAGAAAAUUCAUCACCCUUAGAAUCAAAUCAAGCACAAGGCAAAAGUAAACCAAAAAAGAGGAAGAUAGCUGAAACCUCUAAUGUUAUCACAGAAACACUGCCAUCUGCAGAAUCGGAGCCUGUUGAAAUUGAGGUUGAGAUUGCUGAAGGGACAAUUGAAGUAGAAGAUGACAGCAUCGAAACACUUGAAGAAGUAGCUUCUGCAGAGCAAUCCAUAAAGUACAUCCAGACAACGGGUACAUCAGAUGAAUCUGCUUUGGCUCUUUUGGCAGAUAUCACCAGCAAGUAUCGUCAGGGAGAGAGAAAAUGCCAGAUCCAAGAAGAAGGUGAUAGUGCAACUGAUCCCUCGUGCAAACAGGUAGAAGGUAUUGAAAUUGUGGAACUUCAGCUGUCACACGUGAACAAUUUAUUCCACUGUGAGAAAUGUAACCGUUCGUUUAAAUUGUUUUACCAUUUUAAGGAACACAUGAAAACACACUCUACAGAGAGUUACAAGUGUGACAUAUGCAAUAAAAGGUACCUACGAGAGAGUGCUUUGAAACAGCACCUCACCUGUUACCACCUUGAUGAAGGUGGUGCCAGCAAGAAGCAAAGACCUGGCAAGAAAAUACAUAUAUGCCAGUAUUGUGAUAAGCAGUUUGACCACUUCGGGCAUUUUAAGGAGCACCUCCGGAAGCACACAGGUGAAAAACCGUUUGAAUGUCCAAACUGCCACGAACGUUUUGCUAGGAAUAGCACGCUCAAAUGUCACCUGACGGCCUGUCAGUCUGGAGCUGGAGCCAAAAAGGGAAGGAAGAAGCUGUACGAAUGUCAGGUUUGCAACAGUGUGUUUAACAGCUGGGAUCAAUUCAAGGAUCACUUGGUAAUACACACCGGUGACAAACCCAACCACUGUACUUUAUGUGAUCUGUGGUUUAUGCAAGGCAGUGAGCUGAGAAGGCAUCUCAAAGAAAUGCACAAUAUUUCAGAACGAAUAGUGGCAGAAGAGGUUCUUCCAGUGGAAGCUGUGGAAGCUGAACCAGUAACAUCAAUGACUAUAAUAGAACAAGUGGAGCAAGUUCAUGUCCUACCAGUAAUUCAGGUACAAGUGGAUCCUGCACAGGUGACUGUGGAACAGAUGCACCAGGAUCUCAUACAGGACAAUCAAGUGAAAGGCACACAGAUAGAUGAACUGCAAGAACAGGUGCAAAUUAGCUACUUGGAAGUUGAACAUAUUCAGACUGAACAAGGAGCUGAAGUUCACGUGGAGCAGUUACAUGUUGAGCACGUAAAUCAAAUACAGAUGGAAGAAGUUCAGGCAGAACUUAUAGAUGGAACAGACCUCGAACAAGUAGAAUAUGAAAGUGUUGAUCAAAGAGAAGCGGAAGAAAAGGAACCUAAUCAAGUAGAUGAUGCAGAUAAGGAAGAUCAGGAACAAGCCGAAGACUUAAAAACUCAACAAUUAGUGGACACACAGAAUGAAAAGGUGGAUGACUAGGACAGAUAAUGACACUGCAGGUUCAAGAAUGAAAUACCAAAUUAUUUUUGUUAACUUUUACAUUGGUUUUUGCACCACGAGUGCUCACCUUUCCAAUAUGCUUUCCAGUAUGUCCUUAGGAAGCUGGACAAGUGGACCAAAAUUAGCCUUCUUCAUGAACAACUAAUCUUCUCUCAUGUGAAAAAUAACUUUCCCAUUCAUGUAAUACCAUGGAACAGAAACUACGGCAGACAGGGACAGCUUUGUGAGGAUUUUAAUAGUGAAUAGCUUGUAUCAUUGUUACCCCAUCCCUGGGUAUAUGUGAGGGUAAGUUCACCUCUUUUCCUCUUGCAACAGAAGCAAACUCCUGUAACAGAAUGGCAGAGUGUCUCCGGCAGAAGAAUCAGUAAAAUCUGGUGGGUUCUGUUGUAAGUGGCAAUUGGGUACUUCUGAAUUUUCGGAUUAGACUGUUUGCUGUGUCCUAACAGCGGUCCCUGACUUUCAAGCUGGGGAAAAAACAUUGUUGCUGGAGGUCCCUGAGCACAAAAAUCCUGUGCCUUUUCAACACUGACUGGUUAAAUAUCCACAAAGUUCCUAGAGUGUUCAAGAACUUAGUUCAGUAAAAGGCAAUGUAGGUGAUGUUAUAGUGCUUUAUAUUUUUGCUUAAAACUGUCAGCUACUGGUUUUUAUUUUCUUGCAUUAAAUUUAGAGACAGGGGGCUGAGGGAGGAAACAGAUUCCGUGUCGAGGCAGCGGGACACUCUAAAAGGAACACUUUAAAUAGGAAAAGCUCAGUACAAUCUGUGGUAAACAUGAGCUGGAAGAAAGCUACCAGCAGACUCUUCUUUUAUAAAUUGUCAUUUUUGAAAAUGAGUAUGUUUAAACAUAAAUACAUAGGAGACUUGUCUAUAUGGUAUCAGGUUCCUGGUUUUUUAAACCAAUUCUGACACUUGACACAAAGAUGUGCUAAACAUAAAAGUAAAAGCCAUAGGUAUGAGUGCUAAACUGUGGGUUGAAAAGUAGGACUGUAAAUAAUUUAAUCAAUAUUAGACAAUAAAACAAUACCAACCAUGAAAUGUUGCAUUAUUUGUUUCAUCCAAUAAAUUAGGAACAACUGAGUGAGCAGCAGUUACCGUGCCAGCUCUCUGUGGUAAGAAUCAAUCUCAUUUGUAAUAAAAUUAAUAGCUCUUUACAGUAAAGUUAGAUUUGUUUAGAAAAUCAUUGUCUAGUUCUUUGUUCAAGGAUGCUAAGGACUUCUAAUUCUCAAUUAUUGCCUUGAGACUAGAGGUUCUCCACACUUCUGAAAAACUUUCAAAGCCUUAACUGCAGGGAGGAAUUUUUGCAAGGAUGUUCCCUAAUACUUUUGGUAAUCUUGUAGAUCUUAGUUAAAAAUCAGGCUUUUCUAUUCAGUCUUUGAAUGCAGAUUUUUUUCCUGGGAUUUGUGCUUUUAUUUAGUCUCAUUCAAAAUGAUUCUUGUGUUUCAUCAUAGCCUUCGAGAAACUGUUGCAAAACAAACGUGGAUCUCAAUUAAAAUUUCAAACAAUUUGAUUAAUGUAACUUGCUUCCUUUUUUAUGGUAUUUUGUGUUUUCUGAGGUGCAAGUAGUAUGUGAUGAGAUACUAUGUAG